GAUUGGAGAGUCGUCGACAAGUAUCGUUUUGAAUCACUCCACAAACUGCUCGCGCAGCUCGGCUUAAUCGGUUCGCUCUGGGAUGAGUCGCAACUCAAACAACUCGGCCUCGUCUGGCACCGUCUGCCCCCUUGGCCCGACACCUGCCGUGGCCUGGACUUGCUCAAUAGGCAAUUCUCGACCGUGGCCCUUAGCAACACUUAUAACGACUUGAUGGAAUCCCUGGUCGCGCAUAGCAGCAUACCCUUUAAGCAUGUUUACACUUCCGACAUGUUCCAAUCAUUCAAGCCGAACCCCAAGGUAUAUCUCGGAGCGGCAGAGGAGAUGGGCGUAAGGCCGGAGGAGUGUGGGGCUCGUGGCCGCGCAUCUCAGCGAUUUGAAAGGUGCCAAAGCGUGCGGAUUCUAUGCAAUAUAUAUUGACAGGCCGUUGGAAGAAAAAAUCCAGAGUUGCGAGAGGAAAACAUUCCGGACAUGCGGAUCAAACAGGAUGAGAAUGGGUUUGUUGCCCUUGCCGAGCGUUUGGGAAUACCA